ACACAUCUGCAAAUGUUUGAUUUAACCUGUGAUAAGUGCCACAUCUCAUCUUUCUCAUACCUUUUUAAAGUCCAUUAUACUGCUGGAAUUCCUUCUGUAAACUCUACAGUGGUGAUUCACUGCCCUUCUCCUUUCAGACACUUAAACCCCCUGUCCAAUUACUGUUUGAGUGAGGCAGGUUUUCCUAGAACUUAACAGACUCCUUUUCUGAAUUUUAGUUAUAUUAAGUGCAUGAUACACUUAAGAUACCAAAUGGAAACUCGAUGUUUCAAUUAAGAAAGACUUAGUAUAUGUAUGGUUUUUAUUUUCAGUAUUUGAAUCCUCUGAAGUUGUGAUGUAAUUAGGUUUCCACUCUCUUUCUUUAAAGAUGUGAUUUAGGGGGUCUUGUCAUUGCAGGUACAGAAUCUUAACAUGAUCACUGCUUUAAACUUGCUAUGCCUAAUAAGCUGAUAUUGGUUUGAACUGGGGUACAUGCUAUCAAAGGUUCAUCCCCUUUGUUCCUAGGAAAAUAAGGAUAGUUACAAAGUAUUUCUGCAGAAGCAUUCUUUAGGAACUGUGUCAUAAUUAUUUGGAAUUUAAAGAUCUGCACAUGAAAAAUGUUAUUUUUGUACAACAGUGUUAUUACUAGAAACGUCACAGAUCUCAUUUUACAUUCUUGCAAAUGCAUGACAGUUUUGAUAUAAACAGCAGUUGGCAGGAGCACAACUUCACGUUCAGAGGAAGGGCACAGAUUCUAGUGCCCACCGGGGAAGAGGAGGCUAAGAGUGUGGGUGUCCUGCAGCACCAAGGACGGUAGACUGCGUUCCAGAAAGAAGCUGUGGAUACAGCAGACGCAUGCCCAGCAGCUCUGCCAACUCAGGGAUUUUCGUGCCAGUGCUCACUUUGCCCCCUGAGUAAGUCCCGGCCUGUGAUCAUCUUCUGACCUGACAGGGUGGGACCUGAUUCCCACCGUGCAGCUUCUGGCCGCUCCAGGUUUUCCAGGUGUAAAAUAAUGGCAAUAAGUUCCUUCACUGAGCUGAUUCUACCUGCCCGGAUAUUUUUUGUACUGCAUUGAAUGUAACUUAAUUAAAAUACAAUAUCCUACAAUGGAAGUGAACCCCCAUGUGAUUCCAGAUUACUGUCUUCUAGAAACAAAGAAAUAAUUCUGCCAUCUGGGGGAGGGGAAGGGUUGGACACAACUAAAAACUACUGAUCAUUGCUGAAGGGGUGCAUAUUUGUUCCCGUGAUGAUUUUUAACUACCAAUAAUCUUCCACAGUGGUUGCCUCAUCUAAUAUUCUGGCAUCUUCUUUUGUUAGUAAACAAAAGAGAACUAUUAAACACAAAGCCAAGUACUCUUAAUCUCCAGAGGGAGACUUUGUACAGUAUGUUCUGUACAAAACUGAAAGACUUGAAGAUCACAGGGGAAUGUCCUUUCUCCUUACUGACUCAAACUCACAUUACUGAUGAACGUGAGAAGGACUGCACAGAAAAUAGCUCUAGAGCAGCUCUGCCCAUCUGCAAAGAAGUCCAUGAAAAAGAUGCUCAAGGAGACCUUCCACAGAGGAAAACGAGCAGAAGUAGAGUGUACCUGCACACAUUAACUGAAAGCAUCUGCAAACUAAUCUUUCCUGAGUUUGAAAGGCUAAAUCUUGCACUUCAAAGAACACUAGCAAAACACAGAAUAAAAGAAACCAGAAAAACUGGGGAUAGAGAAGAUUUUGAAAAAAUAAUCAGUGAUCAUGCUGAUGCAGCAGGUGUGCCUGUGGAGUCUCUACGGGAAUCUCUUGGUGAAGAGCUAUUCAAAAUAUGCUAUGAAGAGGAUGAACACAUACUAGGAGUUAUUGGAGGAACCCUUAAGGACUUCUUGAACAGUUUCACUACUCUGCUGAAGCAAAGUGGCCACAACCAAGAAGCAGGAAAAAAGGACAGACUUGAAGAAGCCUCCAUAUUAUGCCUGGAGAAAGAUCAGGACUUCUUAAAUGUGUAUUACUUCUUUCCCAAGAAAGUCACAAGUCUUAUUUUAUCUGGCAUUAUUAAAGCAGCAGCUCAUAUUUUGUAUGAAACUGAGGUGGAAGUCAUGCUCAUGCCUCCUUGUUUCCAUAAUGACUGCACUGAGUUUGUUAAUCAGCCUUAUUUGCUUUACUCUAUACAAGUCAAAAGUGCAAAACCUUCUUUAUCUCCAUGUAAACCACAGUCUUCACUUGUGAUUCCUGCCUCUGUGUUCUGUAAGAUUUUUCCGUUUCAUUUUAUGUUUGACAAGGACAUGUCUGUUCUACAAGUUGGAAAUGGGAUAAGAAGACUUUUGACCAGGAGAGAAUUUCAAGCUAAGCCUAAUUUUGAAGAGUAUUUUGAAAUUCUUACCCCUAAAAUAAGCUGCACUUUUAGUGGAAUAAUGACGAUGCUAAAUAUGCAGUUUACUGUACGAGUGAGAAGAUGGGAUAAUACUGAUAUGAAAUCAUCCAUGGUAAUGGAUCUUAAAGGCCAAAUGAUCUAUAUUCUUGAAUCCAGUGCCAUCCUAUUCUUGGGAUCCCCAUGUGUGGAUAGGCUAGAAGAUUUUACAGGACGUGGAUUAUACCUCUCAGAUAUUCCUAUUCACAAUGCACUGAGAGAUGUUGUUUUGAUUGGAGAACAAGCCAGAGCUCAGGAUGGACUGAAAAAGAGGUUAGGAAAGCUAAAAGCAACCCUUGAGCAGGCCCAUCAAGCACUUGAAGAGGAAAAGAAGAAGACCGUAGAUCUUCUGUUUUCUAUUUUUCCUGGAGAGGUUGCUCAGCAGCUGUGGCAGGGACAAGUUGUGCAAGCCAAGAAAUUUAAUAAUGUCACAAUGCUUUUCUCUGACAUUGUUGGAUUCACUGCCAUCUGUUCUCAGUGCUCACCUAUGCAGGUUAUCACCAUGCUUAAUGAGCUUUAUACUCGCUUUGAUUACCAAUGUGGAGAGCUAGAUGUCUAUAAGGUUGAGACUAUUGGAGAUGCCUACUGUGUUGCUGGAGGUUUACACAAAGAAAGUGAAACCCAUGCUGUUCAAAUAGCAUUGAUGGCCCUGAAGAUGAUGGAGCUGUCAGAUGAGGUGGUGUCUCCCCAUGGAGAGCCUAUCAAGAUGCGUAUCGGCCUUCAUUCUGGAUCUGUCUUUGCUGGAGUUGUGGGGGUUAAAAUGCCUCGUUAUUGUCUCUUUGGAAAUAAUGUAACUCUUGCCAACAAAUUUGAAUCUUGCAGUGUACCUAGAAAAAUAAAUGUCAGCCCAACAACUUACAGGUUGUUAAAGGAAUAUCCAGGUUUUGUGUUCACACCUCGCUCAAGAGAAGAACUUCCUCCAAAUUUUCCCAGUGAUAUCCCUGGAAUUUGCUAUUUUCUGGAUGCUUAUAUUCAAGGAACAAGCUCACUGACUUGGUUUCAAAAGAGAGAUUUGGGAGAUGGCAAUGCCAAUUUUUUGGGUGAGGAAACAGGAAUAGACUAAAUUGUCUACGACAUUCACAAGUGUAUAGAAUAAAUUUAUAAAUAUUCUUUUUUUUUUUGUAUAAAUUGAAGAUUUUAAAAAAAUGUAUGAAACAUGAAAGCACUUUAGAUUGUUAACACCUGAAAGCCAGUAUUAAAAUUUCAGGAAGUAUGUCACUGAGUACUUUUUACUUUUCCUUUGGAUAGGGAACAUAGUCACUAAAAUAAUAUUGCAACUUUACUGUUUAAAAUGCUACUAAAAUACAUUUUCCUUGUGGUGAUUUGUAAGUGCUACGUAACAACCCUCUCAGUUCUAUCUGUGCUGAGAAUUCUAGAUGUAUUGUAUAUGCAGUGUGCCAGGAAACAUAUUGUGCAAGUGAUGCAGCCACAUGCCGUGUUGUGAGCUGGUGCUUACCAAUGACUAUUAAAAAUAUAUUUUCUUAGUGAUUCCAUAAGAAAAUUAUCCAUAAAAAUGCUGUCACUGCUAUCACAUACUCCUUCCAGUGCAUCCUUUGGGCCCCAUCCUUGUAGCUGCUGACCAUCUUCUAACACUUGCUGGAGUCAAUGUGUUGAGUGUGCUCAGCAUCUUCUGGAUCAGGCUGUUAAUUGUAGCUAAUACACAUAUAAAUAGCAGAUUUUGCUGCUUACUGUUUCCUGAACUUUAUUUUGUGUAUACAAUGAACAUAGAUUAAAACACUGUAUAAUCACAUACUAAGUCUCUGUAAUCAUCAAACAGUAUUUUAGUUGUUGGGGUUUUUAAAAUACUUUAUAAAAAAUAUUAACUUGCUAUUAUGUAUUAGAGCAAUAAAUGUUUUCUUUUUGUUGUCAUUUAAA